UUGUGUUCUUGUAAUUGUAUGUCAAGAAUUAAUGUCGCGUAACAAUCUAGCUAAAUUAAUUUAUUGUGUCAUUUUGCAAGAAUAAAAUUAUUUUUAGCGUAUAGUUAUUGUUGUUGUGAUGAACUCUGCUAGCAGUUGAGUAUUAACAAUAGUUACUGCUGAAUUAUGUCUAAAAAGAAGGAAGAAAAAGAUGAAGGCGGCAAGAGUGUUGACCCUUCUGCAUUUUUAAAGGACUUUGCCGCUGGCGGAAUAUCCGCUGCAGUGUCAAAAACAGCUAUGGCGCCUAUGGAAAGAGUGAAGCUCAUUUUGCAAGUUCAGCAUGUAUCAAAACAAAUAUCUGAAGAUAAACGGUACAAAGGCAUUAUAGAUGCGUUUAUACGAAUACCGAAGGAACAAGGUCUGGGAUCGUUGUGGAGAGGGAAUCUAGCUAACGUAAUCCGUUAUUUUCCAACACAGGCAUUAAAUUUUGCUUUUAAGGAUGUAUACAAAAAAAUUUUCCUAGAGGGCGUUGAUAAAAACGUCCGUUUUUGGCGGUACUUUGCUGGUAAUUUAGCAUCUGGUGGUGCAGCCGGAGCAACUUCACUGUGCUUUGUGUAUCCUUUGGAUUAUGCUAGAACCAGAUUAGCUGCAGAUGUCGGAAAAGGUAAAGCAAAGGAAUUCAACGGUCUCAUUGAUUGCUUGACGAAGACUAUUAAAUCUGAUGGGCCCUUGGGAUGGUAUCGAGGUUUCGUUGUCUCUGUGCAGGGUAUAAUAAUUUAUCGCGCAACGUAUUUCGGACUCUAUGAUACAGCGCGUGGUAUGCUUCCGGAUCCAAAAAAUACAUCUUUGUUCUUUACUUGGCUAAUUGCUCAGACGGUAACAACGAUCGCGGGAAUCACGUCAUAUCCACUAGAUACAGUGAGGCGGCGAAUGAUGAUGCAGUCCGGACGACCGGUGCAUGAACGACAGUACAAGAGCACAGUUCAUUGCUGGGCCACCAUACUCAAGACGGAGGGCCCUGGGGCAUUUUUUAAAGGUGCCUUUUCAAAUGUUCUUCGAGGUACUGGUGGAGCAUUUGUAUUGGUACUCUAUGAUGAAAUUAAAAAAUUGCUCUAACUGUUAUCGGACAGUGAUUGUAUAUUUACAUAUAUUAUAUCCGAUCUGUUAUGUUGAUUUGGAUAUUAGUCAAAUUCAGCACUUGUGAAAUGCUGAAUUUAAUUAAAUUAUUUUUUUAAAUUUAUCUAACUUGUAUAUCGGGCCCCUCUAUACAUGGAUUUUAUAAUAUCAAAUUUUACCAGGUAUAACAGUAUCGUAUCGUAUUAUUCUAUGAAUCUUUUAUUUCCUUAACUCGGAGGAUAAAAGCUUUUAAUACCGUAAUGUUUUGCUUAAUUUAUUUGUAUUUGCAUGUUAUUGUCAUCUUUCUGAAUUGAAUAAAAGUUUAACCUAGUA